AUGAAAACACAGGUCCAGGAAAACAGAGAAGUGGAGCAGCCUGUGCAGAAUGCAGAGCAAGACCGCCCUUUGGGAGGGGACGAAGGCCACCAGCCAGCAGGAAAUAAUAGACAGGGACAGGCUCGCCGACUUGCCCCUAAUUUCCCAUGGGCCAUACCCAAGAGGCAGGUCAACGAUGGGAUGGGUGGAGAUGGAGAUGAUAUGGAAAUGUUCAUGGAGGAGAUGAGAGAAAUCAGGAGAAAACUUAGGGAGCUGCAGUUGAGGAACUGUCUGCGUAUCCUUAUGGGGGAGCUCUCUAAUCACCAUGACCAUCAUGAUGAAUUUUGCCUUAUGCCUUGACUCCUGCCAUUUUCCACGAGAUUAAUACUGUGAUUCCCAUUUUCAUUCUCCUUUUCCUUACAUUUUCCUGAUAUGCCUUUACUGAUCCGUUUGCUGUGAACCUUAUGUAAUUUCCAUGUGUCAGGUGGGUUCUGUGUUACCAGCUUCUCACUGGAGGUUGCCUGGGCACCCAAUCUAAGUUUCUGUCAACAGUAGAGUUUCACCCAUUUGCAUGGGCAAAUGUAAAGCUAAUAAAGCAAUUAAAUAGCAAAAAAAAAAAAAAAAGAAAGAAAACGUUUUCUGGAAGUGAGUCCUUCUGACUCUUACAAGACAAGUGAAAGUUAGGCAAGAAAAUCGGGAAAGGGUUUUUCAGACAGAAAAGUCUGAGCACAGAACUGUUGGAAAACCUCACAUGUUCAGGGUAGUUGUUAGUUACGGCUGGGAAAAGGCUAAGUGGGCUGGAACCCUGGGAAACACCUACAUGUAAGGAAGAGAAGUAAGAAGGAACAACUGCAGAGGUAGGAAAACAAGGAUAGUAGUAUCUAGAAGGCCAAGGGGAUCUGUUUCUGUAAGUGUGGAGUGAUGGAAAGAGCCUGGGCCUCAGACAGGCCUGGGUUCUAGUCUAGCUCUGUCACUUACACUGUUUGUUUACUCAUUUGUAAAAUGAAGGUAAUAUCUAAUUCACAGAGAUGUUUUGAGGUAAAUGAGAUAAUAAUUGUAAAGAAUAGUAACUAAAUAGUGGUACAGCUCUUUUAGAAUUUGUUUAACAGGUUUUCUGGUCCGCACUGGAACAUCCCCCCACCCCCAGAAAAAGAAUAGCAACUGACUGAUUUAUAACUGGAAUUAUAAAGAGGCAGUGUUCGAGAGUGAAAUGUUAUAGGAAGGUGCGUUCACCUACGAACUGACAUAUGCACUUAAUUAAAAAACAAAGAGGUCAUUGUGACCUCUGUGAAGGCAAUUCUGGUCAUGGGAUAGGGAGGACAGUCACCUUGCCACAGGAGAAUGAGAAAAUGGCAAGAGUAAGCAAAAAUUACUUUCAAAAAAUAGGACAUUGAAAGGAAGGAGAGAAAUAGGACAUAAGAUAGGAGGGGGUAAUGUAGAGGACAGGUAUGUCUGUGAGUUCAAUUACUAUCUUUA